CCCACCGCGCUGAGGUGAGCUGCCGACUGCACCAUGUCGGCGCUGGAGUGGUUUGCGCACAAGGACCUGGGCGGCGGCAUCUUCUGGAUCCAAGAGCGCUUCUACGAGUCGGGAAACCGGGCCAACAUCUGGCUGGUGCGCGGCUCGCAGCGGGACGUGGUGAUCGACGCAGGGCUGGGGCUACGCAGCCUUCCCGACUACCUGCGCGCCGCCGGGCUGCUGGCCCCUGCGGACGCGGCCGAACCGCGACCGCUGCUGGCCGUGGCCACGCACGUCCACUUCGACCAUUCGGGCGGGCUGCAGCACUUCGAGGAGGUGGCGGUGCACAGCGCCGAAGCUGCGGCCCUGAUGCACGGAGAUAACUACGAGGCCGUCACCUGGCUGUCGGACCGGGAAGUGGCGCGGCCGCCGCGGCCCGGCUGGCGGGCUCGGCACUUCCGCGUCCCGCCCGUCCAGCCCAGCCGCCUGCUGCAGGAGGGGGAUGAGAUCAGCCUUGGAGACCGACAGCUUACUGUCAUGCACAUGCCUGGUCAUUCCAGAGGCAGUAUUUGCUUACACGACAAAGAACGGAAGAUUUUGUUCAGUGGGGAUGUGGUGUAUGAUGGAUCCAUGAUUGACUGGCUUCCCUACAGCAAAAUCAGCGACUACGUUGCAAGCUGCCAGCGCCUCUUGGAGUUAGUGGACAGAGGUCUCGUGGAGAAGGUACUGCCUGGGCACUUCAACAUCUUUGGGGCAGAAAGGCUGUAUCGGUUAGCUUCCAACUACAUUUCCCAAGCUGGGAUCUGUCACAAGGUUUCUACUUGUGCCAUGAAGUCCAUUGCAAGCGUAGCACUUCACAUUACAAAUCCCAGAGUCACUUCGUAGUGUUUCUUAGUGUGUUUUGUGUGAUCUGCUCGCUGUUGAAAAACCAAAUGGCUUGUGAAAGCAUUGAUACAGGCAAAAGUAAUAUGCCUUAGUAAAAAGCUGGCAAAUUGAUACAGAUGAGCUGCAGAAGUUCUCCUACUUUAUUCCUACUUUUGUAAAACUUGUUUCAGCACAAGCUGCUGGUUUUCUGUCUAUUUCAGGGCAUGUUUGCACACAUAUUGGGAUUGAAAUAUAUUUAUUUUUGUUACGAUUCUGACAGGUGCACUUAUGCCAAAACAAGAGGUUUCACAUUUACACCUGAUACCUUGUUGAUGUAGCACUAGACUUGUAAUAACCCACUCAACUCCUGCUCAGGUUUUGGAGUAACACAGCCUGUGCCAAGAGCUGGUGUGUGCUGGUGGGAGCAGGACAUGCAUGGGACUCGUUGGGCAGAAAGAGGUGAAGGACAUCCUGCAGCCAUUGUCACCUGCUUAGUGUGUGCUGCACCCCUGCAUCUUUGCAGAGUAGCUGUCUGGCAGUGUCUUUAGAAUCCACUAACAUACAGACGUGCUGCAGACCAGACUUCCAAGUUGGAAGGUAUAUAGAUACAUCAGCUUACCCCAAAAGCUUCUGAUGCAGAUCUAGCAUCAGAUGGACUGUUGAGGCUAUCCUGCCUCCCAGUGGGAUGCAGGGAAUGCCUGUGCCUUAAUGGAGGAGCAGGAAGGAGUGCUCUUGCUGUUGCCUAGAGAACUGUUUGGUUAUAGGUGUGCAAGUUAGGAAUUGGAGAAUUUGUAAGCUAAUGCAUUAAUGUGUUAAACGAGCCUCUACAAAGUGGCUUGAACCCUUGCUUGAUAUGUUUGGGUUUUUUCUGAUGAGCUCAUUAAAAAAUAAAAUUACUUACAGAGUAUGUUUUCCUGUAAAUUUGAGCAAACUGGACUGUGAUAAACUUUAAAGGCCUUAUUUGCAAGUAAAAGUAUUUUUAUGUGACUGGAUUGUAACUUAUUUUUUAAUGCUCUGUGGUAGGGGAAUGAAGGAGGCUUUACCAUUAUCUUGCCCUACUGCAGGUGCUGGAUUAAACCGCUCAUACACUUGUUACCACAAAGUGAAUGUAGCUUGAGCUGUUUACUGUUUGCUUAUAAAGUGUUUGCUGCAUAUGUUUUAUAUUAAAAGUGCAUUGCAUU